AUGCCCCCAAGGCAUCUCAACCCCAACGCCAAACCCUUCUUCCACUUUCCAUCCAAAACCUACUUUAAGCCCCUCAACCCUAAUGCCGAGACAUUUCAGAUUCAGACUUAUUUCUGCAACCCUUCAUGGCAGUGGCGACCAUUUGUCCCAAAAGAUCACUACAAAGUCACAACGCAGCGUCCAAGUGUCAUAACGUUUCUCCAAGCCAUGAACCGCAAUAUUCCGGUCAGCUGCCGUAAGCAGCAUUCCUUUCCCUGUCCUUCGAAGGACAGGAAACGACAUGCUUGGAAACCUAAGCUUGAAGAGCACAAAGAUCAGAGCAACAAAAAGUCGUUGGAGAAGAAGAGGAACAGCAAAGGGAACGUCAUUACUUUCCCUUCACGUUCAGCGAACCAGAAAUCGUCCUGUACGACAGUGAUGAUCAAGAAUAUUCCCAACCAGUUCCGGAGGACUGAUUUGGUGGCCAUAUUGAGAAGACACUGCUUCGAGGAAAACAAGAAGUCUGAGUACAAAUCUGAGUUCGAUUUUGUGUAUUUGCCAAUGGAUUUCCAGAAAUACUGGGAGGACAAAAGAGUUGCAAAUCUGGGUUAUGCAUUUGUCAACUUCACCAGCCCUGUUGCUGCACUGAGGUUUUUUCGGUACUAUAACAACAGAGAAUGGAAUGUGAGAGUCAACAACAAGAUUUGUCAAAUUACCUCUGCCAAGAUCCAGGGGAAGGAGGCUCUUCUGAGGCAAUUUGAGAACAGUGUAUUCUGGUGCCACAGUGAUAUGUACUUGCCUGCGGUUUUGGAACCGGCUUGUGAUGGUGAGUAUCUGCCGGAGCUCAUCAACGUCGGUUUCCGUGUCUGUGCACCAUCAAGGAAUCCCAGAAGGAAGGCUGUGUAG